AUCGCUGUCCUCAGUCUACCUGUUGAGUCAGGUGCGUUUCUAUGAAAGUGUUCAUAAACAAAAGGGCGACGGGGAUGAAGAUCAGACGACUGUCGGCUCAGUUUUAUUUAACCUUCUGCACUUUAUACUCGAGACUGUGAAGACUUUUUUGCAAUAUUCCCGGUAUUAUAGGGAAAUCCUGGAUAAAUAAACUUUAUGAGCUUUCCGGACUUCCGGGAGACCUGAGUGAAGCCGUCAGACUGCGACAUUUCCUCCAUAUGUUGUUUUACUUUCACUUCUGAAUCAACUUAUUAAUACUGAAAACAGCCAAAGAAAACAAACAGAAUUGGCUCUAAAAUGACCUUGAAGUCUCAGGCCAGCAAGAAGUAUUUGUAAAAGCAAUCGCCAGAGGUCUUUCUGGGCCGAGGGUCGGUCACAUGGAGAGCACCUCAUCCUGGGCUACUGGUCCCAUUGAGGAAGGCCCAUACCAAGAACGUUCUGUGGACCCACUGGAAAUCCAGGACCUUGUAGUAUGCCCCAAGGUGAAACACAAAGAUGCCAAUGGAAAUACCACUGGGCCAGAGACUGUCAGCUUUCUUCCUGCCAAAGAAGAGCCCGUUUCAGGCAAUUGCGUGUGUGUGCCUUGCGCAUCUGUGACCAGCUGCAGGAGAUUGUUUUGUAGCGUAUUGACUUGUGGACUGUACCGCGUAUGCCAGCGUUUGCCAUGUCUGAGUCCAAGCAACAACACAGCUGUCAGCACACAGGUGGAAGAUCGAUCAAGCACUUCAAACGUUGAGAAUGGCUUCUAUUCUGACGUCUGUAUUCGUGGUGUAAAGGUGGACACCUCCAUCAUUGAAGAAGAUGAGGGGAAUGUGUUUGUUUCCAAUUCCAAAAUGGAGAUGGACAGUCCAAUUUACUUGAGUAGCUUACCGGAAGACUUUAUUGAUGGCGACGAGGCAGAGGAUGUGGAUAAACUCAUUACACGGAAGCUUAUGGAGGUCUUCUCUGAGUUUGAGAUCAACGAGCUGGCUAGGUGCACGUCGGACUCUAUGUUCCUCCGGCGUUCACGGGAGAUCAGUCAGCUGAUCUCGGAUAUCGUGGAGGAGCACAACAUGAAGGAGCAGGAGGCCGAGUGCAGGCUGGUGCGAGAGAUCAUCCGCAUCAGUACGCGUAAGAGCAAGAAGAAGCCGAAUAUCAGGCCGAAGGAACUGCAGCGAGACAGCGGCAAUGAUACCUGGAACAGCAAAAGAGCCAGCCAAAAAAGCAGCAUCAAUUCCAUCAACGACGGGAAGCUGCAAAUUUCACUGGAGAGGUCAGACGACAUUGAAGCCAGGAAGUUACGCAACAACAGUAUACAGGCUUACUCAAGUUUCAAGGACACAGGUGUGCCGGUCACACCUGAUACUCCUUUACUUCACAGCAGCAUACAGGCUUGAGUUUUCUCUCCAACCUUACUCUGGACAACAAUUUAUUUUUCAAACUGUCCAUCUUUUGUCAGAGUUUUAUCUAAAUUCAUUUUUAAGUAAAUUUAGAAGCUGUAAUUUAAGGAGCAGUCAUUAUGGUCUUUUUUGGUCGAAGACAGAAAUGGGAUUAUGCUUCUAUUUACAUUUUUCUGUCUCUCAACCCAUGUUUAUUUGCCAUGUGUGAGUUAUCUUUACAUGCACUGUCCAGAAACAACUUAUGAGUGAAGAACAGUUGCUUGGAAUGAAGAAUAAUAAACAGCCUGACCUCUAUGGGUGAAUCUCAUCGUAAUUGUCAUAUUUUACCCCAAAAAACAUCAACCACUGAAAGUCUACGUUGAUGAGGAUUCACUUCUCACAUGACAUAUUAUAGAGAUUGUUAAUCUCCAGUAGUUUACUAUAGGCAGAAUAGUUUAAUUGUACAGCAUUUACAUUCUGGUAAUAUGUGUUGUUAGAUAACAAAACAUCCAUUGUGUCAAGACAGUAAAAUGUAUAGGGGCUGUUUCAGGGACAGGUUUUAGAUUAAUCUAGGCUUUAGUUAUAUUAGAAAAUGUAUGAAGUUUUUACAAACAUAUCUUACAAAAAAUAUUGGUGUGCAUCUUGAGACGAAACAAUGGCACGUUAUUUAUGUUAGGAUAUGUCAGUUCAAGAUGUUUUUAAAUUAAAACUGCUCAAACAUACAUUUUAGUUUUGGACUGAUAGUCCUGUCCUGGAAACCGCCACAUAAAGUACUUAAUGCAUAAAAUCUUUAUGUUCCUAAAAUAAGGCUUUAUUCGUUUUGUGCAAAAUGAUAUAUAUUUACAUAAUUUUCUUUUGAUUUUUGUUGUGGAUAAACUAGCCAAGAUGUUUGGGAAAUAGCUAACAGCCAAUGUUGGACCAAAACAGUCAAAAGGAUUAGUUAGUGCUUGAACUCACCUCUGAGUUCUUCCGUGCCUGGUGAUGCUAAAAGUCUGAAUGUAUUAGUCAAAUGCUGGAGCUGCAGUCAAAGUGUGUGUGUGUGUGUGUGUGUGUGUAGAAGGAAGUCAAAGAAAUGCUCUUGAGCCAAAGUGAUAGCAUAGGCUUUAUGGGAUAAGCAUGCUAGAUUGUUUGGAUAAUUGCCUAUGCUAUUUAAAUGUACAUAAAAAGCUACAUAAGCACUUCACUUGUCAUGAGACUGGACUAUGAUUGAUUUUUUGUGUAAUUGUGAAUGCUGUCACUAUCUGUAAUGGAUAAAAUGGAUUUCAAAGUUUAGAAUAAAAUGUGUAUUUUGCUCAGCGA